AAGUCAAAGUAACGGCGAGGGAGGAAAGAAGGGGGAGGCCCGGAAGCCGCCUGUCUGCCAGUGACAGCCCACAUCAGAAAAAAGCACUGCAGAAAUAAUUCUUUUAAAAAAGGAUUUGCGCGCGAACGCUUCUGAUUUUCGUUUUAAUAUAAAUCACCCGAAUCGCCGCAGACAUGUCGAAGAAUACCGUGUCCGCCCGCUUCAGGCGAGUGGACGUGGACGAAUACGACGAGAACAAAUUUGUGGACGAGGAGGACGGAGGAGAAAAUCAGCUGGGUCCUGACGAGGCAGAGGUGGACUCGCUCAUCAGACAAUAUCCUUUACGAGAUUACUGCAUGGAUGGGCGUUUAGCUAGCAGGCCAGUCACUGCCCCGACUUGCCUGACAGUCACAUUCCAGGGAUUGCGCUCCAAGAUUGAACAAGCUCUGGCAGCUGGAGGAGUGGGAAGCAUCGUCAGGGUACUGACGGCGAGGAAGACUGUGUAGAAGACGAGCAGCUCACUGCUCUGUUUAUGUAACAGAUGGCAUAGGGACUAACAGGAAAACCAGAUUUUUAACCCAAUGAGAUGUUUUCAAGCCAAGAC